AUGCAAGAAGCAAAGAAAGGAAAAGUAAGCCUACUCUUUGAUACAGGAGCCACCCUCACACUCAUGAAAUUAAAAUAUGUGAAGGACGAUACCCCGUUACGAGAGGAUCGCAUGACUCUAACGGGAGUAACCGGUCACAAAAUUCAGACGAUUGGUAAGAUCCGAGCGACAAUACCAAUUGGAGACCGAAAAGUUCGCCAUACCGUCUUCAUAGUACGAGACGAUUUUCCUAUCGAAUAUGAAGGAAUCUUGGGUAUUGACUUUCUGCAGAAACAAAACGCGAAAUGCGAUCUCGGGAAGAAACAACUCGACAUAGGCGACACAACAUUGCAGAUGCGUCCAUUCAUUAAAAAAUUAAAGCCACGUAGCGAAACGAUAGCGCAGGCAUACACAGAG